ACAUUUUUCCCUCCUGAAUUUUGCUGCCACCAAAGAUAAAGACAAAUAGUUCGAAUGUCAGGCAUUUUGGUGCAGUAAAGAUCACUGCAUGUAUCACUGCAUGUAAAGUGUAGUGAAAUACCUCUUCCUAAAUGAAAUCUUACAUGGAAAUAAAGUGCAAAUGGGGGCACGAAACAGGAGACAAAUUAAAGCAUGCAUAGCUUACUAUUUUCAGCCUAUUGAGAUAGGUAUAGGCUAACAUCUAUGCCGCAUGAAGAAAUGAGCAAAAGACAAAUAAGCAAAAAGGGCUUAACCACAUGAAGACAACUAGAAUCAACUUUUUGACUAAACAAGAUUAGAUACCUGGCUUUUGAGCAUGUAAGCAUGGUAAACAUCAGUAAUAUCAAAUUUACAGCCUAAAAAAGGUGUUACAUGAGGGAAGACACACGCACUGAAAAAGCAGAUUACUUUCUGCACUGUCUGUGAAGGUACAAAGCCAUAGGUAAGUAAAUACUUUCAUAUAUGAUAACCAACAGAUGCUGGGAUAAAACUCAAAAAGAUUAUUCUGAGAGCUUCACCAGAAAGAUGUAGUGGUCACUUUCCUAUCAUAUGCCAAUAAAGCAAACCAAACAGCAUAAAAGGCCCUGUUACUAAGGUUUCGACAUAUGAAAAUCUACAAGAAAUACCAUGAUAUCCCUACGUGAUGUCUACCAUGUUGUGGUAGCCACUAUACCUUUAUAUGUUGUCAUGAUCUUAGCCUAUAUAUCAGUCAAGUGGUGGAAACUCUUUUCACCAGAGCAAUGCUCUGGCAUCAAUAAGUUUGUGGCGAAAUUUUCAAUACCUUUAUUGUCCUUCCAAGUGAUAUCAGGAAGCAACCUCUACAAAGUAAACCUGAAGCUUCUAUUAGCAGAUUUCAUUCAAAAAUUUCUUGCUGUGUUUCUGCUGGCAGUUUUUGCCAAACUGAAGCCAAAAGGAAGCCUGACUUGGAUCAUAACAGGUCUUUCAGUUUCCACCCUUCCAAACACCUUAAUCUUGGGGAUCCCGCUAGUAAAGGCCAUUUUUGGUGAUGCGGAAGCAGAAUUACUAGCCCAGCUAAUUGCACUGCAGAGUUUAGUUUGGUACAACCUCCUCCUACUCUUGUUUGAGCUCAAUGCAACAACAGAAUCUUAUGUGACAUCACGCUCAGAAGUAGCAGUUGAGCUAGAGGUACCUGAAGAACCAGAACCAGAAGAGGAUGGGGAGGAGGAAGCAAAAGAUAGAUCCCCAAGGAAGAAAACGAUUAUGCUAAUUCUUCUAACAGUUGGAAGGAAACUCAUAAUAAAUCCUAAUACACAUGCAACUCUGGCCGGUAUUAUUUGGUCAAGCAUACACUUCAGGUGGGGAGUCAAUCUACCAAAAGUUGUUGAACAAUCAAUAUCAAUACUUUCAGAUGGAGGGCUAGGAAUGGCAAUGUUUAGCAUAGGUGUUUUCAUGGCAUCCCAAGCUAGUAUUAUAGCAUGCGGAACGAAAAAGGCAAUAUUAGCAAUGGCAUUGAAGUUUGUGCUUGGACCUAUCCUCAUGGCAAUCUCAUCUAUUGCUGUUGGACUAAGGGGAAAAUUGUUUAAAUUGGCAAUAGUGCAGGCAGCCCUUCCCCAAGGAAUCGUUCCUUUUGUGUUUGCCAAGGAGUAUAACGUGCAUCCAACCAUCUUAAGUACAGGGGUAAUCUUUGGCAUGCUGAUUGCAAUUCCAAUUGCUUUGGCAUACUAUUUCCUGUUGGAAAUAUGAAACUCAGACAUGGUCAUGACUAUUAGCAGUUAUUCACAAAUUCAUCAAAGAUACAGUUUGCUCUUCUCUAACAACAUUCAACUGUAGAGGGAUUACAAUGAAGAAAGGACAAAAAUCUUAGCAACUAUAGAUCUUGUAUAAAAGAAUAAAGGAUGAAUGUGUUUCAUUUUAUCUUA